AUGGCCGCCCAAAGCGCCGCCAUGCCAGGCGACAGCGUGUCCUUUGAAGCGCUGCUGGAGAAGCAGUGGCCGGCGACGGCGCCGACGCCCGCGGGCCGCCACGUGCCCAAGAAGCCCUUCCUCAAGAAAGGAGCGCGCGGCUGGUGGAAGGACAACAUCCCGGCCAAGAGGAAACCAUACGUCUUGACGAGCGAAGGCCACGAGCUCUCGGCGCCAGCUGCGUCUGCUCCGCGUCCAAGCGCCCCAAGCAAGGCGGACGCGAGAAGCCGCCUCGACACGUCGGUGCGGUCCGAGCCAUCCAUGGACCUCAUGCAAUCGUACGACUGGAAGAUGCAGCAGGAUGCAGACGACCUCGAAGAGUUCGAGUACCUCGAGCAAGCGAUGCUCGCGCAGUCGAGCCCGGCGAAGGAUUCGUUUCUUGACGACUACGAAGAUGGCCGCUUGGCGCCGGAGCUCCUGCCGCGCCAGGACCAAGACGACGCGCCUGCGUGGGAGAAGGCGCUGUACGGCUCCGAGGACAAUGCAGACGAGUCGCUGCUGUUUGACGAGUGGCGCAAAGGCAUCCUCAAGAGCGACGAGCCAGAACUCCAUUUUUCCUCUGUCCACCUGCCUGCGCCCGACGAGAACGACCAGGCCUUGCACUAUGGCAGCCUCGACAUGAGCGAGCUCAGCGUCGCCGACUCGGAGCCGUGGGACGUCGACAUCUCUCGUCCUGGCGAUAUUAUUGAUGUCAAUCACACGCAGGAGGACGCUCCUGCCCCACCGGCAUCGCCGCCCGCGCCGUCCCUCGUCCAGCAACUCUUUCAAAAGCCUCCGCCCGCUGUCGCGAGCAAGCCAGCGCCUCCAUCGUCGUCGCUGCAGACGCUCAAGCUCAAGCUGCAGCAAAAGGCCACCGUGGUGCCCAAACCAAAGCCAGCGAAGGCCAUGGCGGCGCCAAAGAAGAAGGCAGAGCCAACGCCGCCCCGCACACCGACAUCGAAAUCGAUCAUUCCGUCCGUCAUUGAUGACAAGCUCCACGAGCUCGAAAACGAGGUCAAGCACUACAAACAAGAGACGCUCAAGCUCCAAAAGCGACGCGAAGCUCUCGAAGCCGACCAGCGCAAGCUCGAUGUCGCGAGGUAG